CCUAAAGAGAGAAGGUAAAAGCUAAGGUGGUGGUGGUGGCACUCGACGGUGGCCCAGGUUCUGGUUGCGCUCGACCUCGCAGCCAUGGCGGGACCCCAGGAGUUUCUGAAUGGAAAGUUCCGGCUCAGCUUCAACCCCUCUGCCCGGGCCAGCCUCCUGAUGCUCAGGCUCAACGACGCGGCGCUGCGGGCGCUGCAAGAGUGUCAGCGGCAACAGGUUCCGCCAGUGAUCUCUUUCCAAGGCAACCGAGGGUAUCUGAGGCUCCGAGGCCCUGGAUGGUCCUGCCUCUUCUCCUUCACAGUGUCCCAGUGUGGCCAGGAGGGCCCUGGUGGUGGUUUGGACCUUGUGUGCCAACGUUUAGGCAGAUCUGGACCUAACUGCCUCCACUGCCUGGGCCCACUCAGGGAGCGCCUCACUAUUUGGGGAGCCAUGGAUUCUAUCCCGGCCCCAUCUUCAGUUCAGGGACACAACUUGACUGAAGAUACCAGAGAUCCAGAGAAUUGGCAGAACAUGGGAGACUAUUCUGAAGGAGACGCAGUUUCACAGCCACAGAUGGCACUAGAAGAGGUUCCAGAUUCACCGGCAAGCAGCCAAGGUCACUCACUCCCAGGAUCCUCAAGGGAACACAUGGCACAGUGGCAAGUGAGGAACCAUCAUCCAAACAGAGAGCCUGAUAGGGCACUGCUUUCCUCUGCUGGCCAGAAACAUCUGGGCAAGAAACGUCCAGCACCUAUACCCACUAUAGAACUCAAAGAAAAGAGGCUCAGAACUCUGCCUCUAACUCCAAGUUCCCUACAAGGGCUGCCCAGUCAGGACCUACAAGAGGGAGAAGAUUGGGAGGAAGAAGAUAAACAUGAAGAUAUGGGCCCCAAGUUGGAGCAGAGACCCUCUGUUCAAGCAGACUCUGAAUCCCCAAACCCUGAAGGGGUACCAGAUUACCUCCUGCAAUACGGAGCCAUCCACAGUACAGAGCAGCAACGCGCUUAUGAGCAGGACUUUGAGACAGAUUAUGCUGAAUAUCGCAUCCUGCAUGCUAGAGUUGCGGCUGCAAGCCAAAGAUUCAUGGACCUGGGAGCAGAGAUCAAGCGAGUUCAGCAAGGAACUCCAGAGCACAAGGUGCUGGAAGAAAAGAUAGUCCAGGAAUAUAAAAAGUUCAGGAAGCGGAACCCAGGUUACAGGGAAGAAAAGCGCCGCUGUGAGUACCUGCAUCAGAAAUUGUCCCACAUUAAAGGGCUCAUCCUGGAAUUUGAGGAAAAGAACAGGGGCAGCUGAAGCAGUCAGAGAUCUUUUGACCCUCUGCCCAGUGAGAUAUGAAGGAACAAAGCAGCUAUAAACUAAACAGAGAGCAAUUGUCUGCUUUUCUUACUGCUGAGUCCAUAGUGGCAAGGAGACCUACUCUAGGCUAAGAUUUGAUUUUCAUUGUUGCCAUGUUUUAAUAUUUAGGGUUUGGGCACAGUGCCAAUACUCCACAGCUGUGCCCAGGAGACUAGGAAAAGCAACAGCGGCUUGGCUUCUUCACCUUUAGUUCAGCCAAGUCCUUUUCAAAUCCUGAGAAAUGACACCAUUUCCAGGACAAUAUACCUUGAGGACAUUAAAAUUUAGCCUGGUAGCCUCCCUUAAAGGAACAAAGAGAUCUUUUGGAAACAGAGCUAAAGGAACUUCUAAUACACCUGGAUAUAAUGGAAAAGGGGUUGGGUCUUACCCAUGUACUGUAAGUGAAUUCUUUUACAAACAUGGCUAAAAAAUUAAAACUGUUUGUGUCCUUUGUGUAAGUUUAUAUGCUUUCCUUAAACCUUCCAGGGCAGUGGUUCUUACCCCAAUAUAUCUGAACCACUUCUGGGCUCUCUAAAAAAUUAGAUCCCCAGGUUCCAGCCCAGGUCUUGUGGCUUAGAAUCUCCAAAAUUAUGGUUAGGCAUCUAUUUCAAAGCACUAUGAAUGAUCCUGAUACAUACCAUGCUAUAAGGCUCUACCAAAUCCAUUUUAUAACUGACAACUAGAGAGUACAGUAGGAAUAAAGUUCUUUUCUAAACAUCAAGGUUGAAGGUAACAUAAUUAGGGCUCCUACCUGGAAUUAUCCAGUUACUGAAAACUAUAACUGUGGAUAGGAUUUGUAUUUGCUCACAAAAAGGAAAAGGGGAAACGGUUCAAUUCAUUUGAAUAAAAGAUCACACCAGUCCUAUCCUUUUCAUUCCUUUGUUGCAGAAGAAACGUAGGAAUGAUACUGCUGUUCCCAGUCCACUAGAGAGGGAAGUUAAUAGGCCACACCCUGAGCUUUGGGGGAGAGAGCUGCACCCAGCAGUGUCAGCAAUUCCUGAAACAAUUUGGAUGGAACCCCAACCUGAUGUCACACCCACAGGGCAUUUCUAGGCAGACAACAGCCCUUGGGAGCUAUAAACAUGCUCAGCUGCAUGGCAAGGAUAAAUAGCAACCCAUCCUUAGGGCAUGGACACUGUCAGAAACAGCCCAACAAGAAAGGUCCCUCCCUCACCUAUUCUAAUUAUCAGGCUAGGGGCCUGGGCAAUAAACAUGCAAGGAUUGAAAGACAAAAUUUGGAAAGUAUUUACAGGUGAUAACUAUGGACCCAGUUAGUUGGUAGCCACUAGCCCUAUAUGUGACUAUUUAAAUUAAUGAAA